ACAUUUGGUAUAGUCUUCGCCCUGCAAAAGCAGUUUUGCAGGCCGUAUUAUAAUGGGAGAUAUUGUGUCUGCUUUGUAUGAUCAAUCCAAUACGAUUCAGACACCGGUCAAAGGUUUAUAGGCCCACAAUCAUCGCACUGGCCAUAUUAGCCCUAACACCGGCUUUAAUAAAAAUCAGGGAAAUGACUCAAACGUUUUGAACUGAAUCACGUCAUAUAGAUUAUGAUCACUAACCUCUCUAACAAAAGGACUAGCUGGAGUCUGAAGAUGCGGAAAAAUCGAUAUUAAAUGAGUACAAUCGGCAAAAUCAAAAUGACUUUGGCUGACAUCGCGAAUGUACACCAUUGUCUCAGUUUUCUGGGCUUCUUGGGGGUAAUCGCGCCUGACCACGCACAAUUCUCAGCCGCACAUAUUAACGAGGAUAAAAGAAUACGACAUUAUGAAUAUCACCAAGAAAAGCUACAGCUUGAGUGCCAUGACAAGAUGGCUCGCAUCGCCGCCAAAACUGCAGGAGAUGUCUAGCUCCAAAGUUUAUUCCCAAUUCUCCAAUCUUCAAUGUUGAAACACCUCCCGCGUCUUGCCUCAUCGAAGAGAUAAAUGUGACUAUUAUGAAAAAGGUCUUUGCGACCGCAGAAGAACUUUCGGAUCACUCGACCCACGACACGACAAAAUGGAAGAAAAAUGUACGUACUGGAAGGAGUACCAAUUGAUUAUGUCCAGGCUUUUGGUGCACGUUUUGAUGUCGAUCUAGAUAUUUUUGAUCGCAUGCUAUGAGAAAGAGUGGACUAUUGAGCAAGCGUAAAUUUCCAGCGAUACCAGGGAAGGCUCGAGCUUUCGCAUUGGAUCAUCCAGAAAUAACAACAAAUACUUUUCUACAUCCUGGAGAGGGCACCGGAGAAGUAUUUGGCGAUUUUAUGCUACCGUGUCAAACAAUAGAACUUCCUGAAGCCGAGAGUGAGAAUGAAUCAAGCAUCAAGUUAUGUCAUGUGACUUUGGUAUCCUUUCUCACAGAUGUGGGUGAGAUUUGUAAGAUCAGCCUUCAUUUUCUGUGUGUAAACAUGCUGAUGAUAUGAUAUUAUAGCAUUGUUACUUCUAGACAACCAGCCGGGGGAAAGAACAGGAGCACAAUUCCAAGCCACGAGCUACCAGGGUGUACUUGCAAAUGCUCUGAAGAAUCUCCCAGAGGAAAAGAAACAAUGGAAACCAUCUCGUAAUCAUGAUCCGGCUUCGACUGUAGCGGAUCAGAUUUUUGACGCUGCACAAUCACCGGGUGGCACAUUAUUUUGGGAUUAUCUGGCAGAAAUCAUCGCCGACAUCGUGCUCAGGAAAGGGAGAUUCGCUUUGGAUGAAGUCAUUGGGCAUGCAGGAUCGUUACUUAUGACGAAAUUAAUCAAACAUUUGAACUUCUUGGGUUUAACGUAUGGACUUUGGAUCGCCUGGGGACUAUGUGGAGCUUAAGACCUCGUUACGAUGGGUUGAAAGGAUUUAAAAGACUUUCGGCAAAGGCGAAAGGCUAUACAGAAUUAUUUGUGUGGGGGCAGCUUUUGGAGGAGGGGUUUGGGACGAAGGCUAAAUCUGAGAACGGAACUGGGGAUGAUGAAGGCGACGGUGCCGCCUCGGCAGCUUCUUCAAGGUCAGUGUGCAUAUUCGUGGAGGGGAGGUAGAUCUAGAAACACGGCAGAGUAUCAACCGAAUUACCUACCUUGGUAGGUUUCUCCUUGCUUUUUCAAUAAUCGCAGCAAUAUUUUCGAUGGGCGGUAAUUUCCAGCCAGGUGGAGAUCAGUUCUUCAUCUUCUGGAUUAUUGCUAUUCCUGUUUGCAUGCUCACAACUGCUUUAAUCUACGCGGAUAGCAUCCGACGAAUGACCCUGGAACAAUUUGCUCAGACGUAUGGGCCCACUGCCGUAAAAGAAGAGCCAGAUGACCUGGUUGCCUCAUCAAUUUCUGAUAGCGAAAUCAUUUCAUACAAAGCGGGUAUCAGAGAACGCCUUGUUUCACAUAUACCGGGUCCUUGGAAUCGAAGUAGACGUGCUACUUCAUCUUCGAGUGUUGGCUAUACCGAUAGUAGUACCAGUUUCGAGUUAGACUCUGCAAGCAGCCCCCAGCUGCCACUAGAUCUGUCCGUAGAUGGCGAUUUAUUAGUUGGCAAGAAAAAAAUGGAGCCAAGGUCAUGGAGUUGGCGAUUCUGGAGACGAAACCACCUGAACAAAAGCUGGGACCUGGAGGAAGGAGUCAAUUUUGUGCGUUCAGACCGCGCGGGAGGGUCUUACCAUAACGUACUGGAGCGCAUAUUCCUAGGAAAUCCUCUCGCAGAGCCUCCUUCAGAUGAUCAUCCUCCGAUCGCCGGUCCAGCUCCUCCAGAAAUUCCUUCAACUAGUCCUCCAUCACCCAUUCCUGCUCCGUCGUUAAACCCAUCUAUACCAGACCCUGCUGAUAUACCACUACCUCGUUCACCUGAUUCAACUUCUGAGGACUGGCGCGAGCUAGGCACUUCUGAGAUAAUACGCCACGAAAUAUCUCGAACACCGGAGUCUGCCAACUCAGAUUAUGCCACAGAUCGUGAACGACUUUCAUUGGAAAGACGCAUGAAAAAAAUGAUGAAUGGAGGUUGAUGAGAAGACAAAAAUGGGACUACCAAGGUAACCUAGAUGACGAUGAUGACGAACGAAUCAUCGAGCGAGAGAUCAUCCAUGAACGCCUGCGCGAUUCAGGGAAGUCUACCGACGCGAUUGGGAAAGAACUGACACUAGCAAGAACGCUAAGAGGUUGGUUGAUGAACAAGAAAAGAAAGAUGCCAUGGAAGACACCGCGAGAGAUGACGACUUCAUCCCAGAAGACCGAGGAAGAAGACGUGAACGUUUCUCAACACGACGUGUACGUCAUGGAACGUAUAAUAACUAUCCGGAACGACGAGCCCCGGAAGCGGAUCCUAUUGAAGUGCCAGUACCGCCAUCACCAGAAGAACUAACAGACGAGGAUCGCUUUAAAAUGAGGCUAGAGAAAGAAAAACUAGAAUAUAUAAAAGGGCUAAAGGAAGAAGCACAUCAAAAGAGGAUGGCGGAUGCAAAAGAAGAAUAUGUAAGGAAAGAGCAUGCGAGGAGAAAAGCAGAAGAAGAGUAUAAAAAGAAAGAAGCCGAGGCGCAUAAAGCUGCAAAGGGGAAAGACCGAGCAUGCUCACCCGAGGCACCUGACAAGAAGACCCUAAUGCAAGUGAUAAAGUUCAAGGAUGCUGUAGGCAGAAAAUACACCUUCCCAUUCCACUUAGUGUCGACAUGGGCUGUAAGUCAAUCAUAUUGUUUCCUAUAUUUGAAACUACUCAUAUUUUGAAACUUCAAACAUUACUUAUUGAUCGUCAACAAUUUAGGGAAUUGAAGAACUAGUAAAACAAGCUUUCCUUCAUGUUGAUGUACUCGGUCCACAUGUAAACGAAGGUCACUACGAUCUCGUUGGUCCUGAAGAUGAAAUCAUCCUUCCUCAAGUCUAGGAAUCAGUCGUUGAACCUGGUUGGUCUAUAUCUAUGCACAUGUGGCCACUGCCUGAACUAGAACAACCUGGAUGGAAAGCAGAGGCCCCAGGGCCGCCUCAUCCUCCUUCCCCCCGCAAGGAUGUCGUGCUGGCUUUCCACUGCCUUUUCCACCACCCGGAAUUAUGGAGAUUAAGCCUGGUGUUCCGAUGCACGAGUUCAUUCCGAAAUCAAAGAAAUCGGCACCUGCUGGGGGUCUGAGCUGGAUGACGGGAGCACCUACUUCAAAAGCUCGCAAGAAACAUAAGUCGGUGCCGACACGAAUAGGCCCACCACCGUCCCUAUCUGGAAGGCGGGAGUCUGAGGAAGUCAUCGUAAUAGAG